AUGGAUAGCCGAAAGGGAGCCACUGGUGAUUCGUUAACUGGUAGCAAUACCAAUGGCAGCAGCGUCGGCCGUGCGCCCACGCCGACUGCGCAGCAGCCGUGGCGUCACGAUACGGCAGCGGCAGAGCGGUGCGGCGAUGAAGGGAGCGACAAUGAACCCGAGCAGCCUUUGUUCUACCAGGUGAACAUGAGGGAAAUAACGAAUGCAUUACUGGUGCCUGCCGACAUGGUUUCUGCAAAACUGCGGCCGUUGUCGCCCUCCACGGUUGCAGAGGGGCCGGCAAUCCAAGUCACCUCGGGGGUUUUGGCUGAAGGUGGCACUGACUACUCCAGCAACGCCAGUAGUAACAGUGGUAGAUUUUUAGAUGUGCCUCCUGCCAACCUCCCGGUGCGACACGGCCGACAUCACAGCACAGUUCGGGCUGCGGUGCUGCCGUCACCAGAGAACACGUACUACGUGGAGGAUACUCUUGUGAUUGGUUCCGUUGGACGGCGGGGCGGCUUAGUUGAGCGCGGCAACACUUCUUCCAACGAGUGUCAGCGACAAGGCGACGCAACGACUCCGGCACGUCCCAUUGCUUCUAGUUCUUUGUUGCCUGUUCCAGGCCCACCAGGUUUUGCGGCACGGUCUUCCUCACCACCCUUGUCGAAACCUUUUAACGAUGCGCUACAGAGCUCCUCGUUGCGUAGUGUGACGUUUCUUGUGCAGAAACCAACUAGAAUUGAGCGUUGCGUUGAUACCAUAUCGGAGGAAAGCGUGGGUCUUGAACAGCCGCUGAUCACGGAAGGCAUGAAUGUGACAAAGAAGUCAGCAUCGAAAAAAAAGAGGGUUCAUUUCCCCGAAGAUGUGAUUAAAUCCGUCUCAGUUGUGCAGGCAGAUGAUCAGUUACGUCUCCUCGUUGAGUAUUACCGCCCGUGGUAUGCCCAUCUUGUCCUAUUGGUGGCGAGCGCCUUUUUUGUUUUUCAUUGGGGAUUCGUUGUGUUGGCGAUGAGGCCGUCCGAAGUGUCACAGCGUUUUGCCGCCUCUGUCGUCAUAUCAUUUGUGGCGUUUGGUUUUGCCUCUGCUUACCUGUUGGCCUUUCUGGCACUGACGUGGCGACCUGGCAGUGAAGAGUUGGGAUUUUUAAUGGACUUUUCGAGAAAUCGCCCGGUGAUUUACGUGCUUCUCGCAGGUGUUGUCUCGCAGCUCUCUCUGGUUGCCUCAUUUAUGUUUCGCUGCGACGUUGGAAGCCUUGUCUGUUUUUGCUGCAUUCCGCUUGUUGUGACAUAUUUGUACGAGGAGUACAAGAAACACGCUGUGUCCGUGCUUGACUGUAUUGGAUGUAUUCUCGUCGUUGGGUCAAUUGUUGUUUUUUACGUGGGGGCGGAGAUCGACGAUGACAGCAAAUUAUAUUACCGGGUUGUGCCUGUUUGCAUUUCAGUUGUGGGUGGUGUUUCUAUGGCGUACUUUCUCUUUCAGGUUCGCACUGUAAGUCGUUGUGUGAGUAAUUUUUUUAUUAUGUCAUCCACCACUACUCUGGUGACACUGCUGCUCGCUUUUUUGGGGUACGUUAUGGAUGCCUUUGCAUCGCCCAUUGGUGCCUCCCAAAAGAAGUUAACUGAGAUAUCUUCGGAGGACUUUUUCAAAAUUAUUGUUAGCGCACUCUUCCUUUUUUUUGCUUGGUUCACAUACCACUGGAGUUCCCUCUUCUUUGACCGCAUGACUCUUUCCGGCAGCUUCUCCCUUGGCGGCCCCAUCUCGUUGCUCGUGUUCAAUCUCUUGUCGCUUCCCACGGCGUCCCUGCCGUACGAGAUUGUCGGUGGCGUUGCGAUGAUGAUUGGAUGCGCUCUGGUGCUCUUCUCGGGGUUUCGGUUUCGGCAGAAUGUGGAGGUGCGGAUUGAACUCGAACGCGAGUAG